UGAGAAAGUCUACCUCGGGGGAAGGAUAGUGUUUCUCCGCUCCCUCGUAUCUUAUUUAUGAACACAAACAGAAUAUAUGUUUAUGUUUAGACAAGCAGCUCCACAGAAAAGGUGGUCUAAAGAGGAAACUGUUUGUCUGUGUUGCUAUCUACACUUCUCUGCAUCGUUGUCUAGAAUACAGGUGAUGGAGACACCAAUGGCUGUUGAGGAUCUACAGAGAAGGAGGGAAGUUGAGUCUAGAGAGAACUUGCACUCUGGAGAGGACUCCAUGGAGGAGGCACAUUCUGUGGAGAGCAGCCUAAUGGCAGCACUAACCCACCAUGAGAGAAGCAUGUACGGUGCCGGAUUUGCGGCUCAAGCACACAUCACUGAGGUAGUAAGCCCCAUGGAGAGGUGUGUGGAAUAUACCUUUGUCCAGAUGCAGGGGACCAUGGACAGUGUGGGGCUGCUCUUUGAGGAGUGCAUCAAGAAGGUGGGCCAUCUAGAAAGUCAAAGGGAUGAAUUGAUACUGGAGCUGUUGCAGCUAGAGCAGCCCAUGCUGCAAGCUACUGUGGCCUUGAGGGGACAGUUGUUAGAGGCACGUAGAGUUCUCACCAGUGUCCAAUUGGAGUUUAUUCAUCUGCAAAUAGAGGUGGGACAAGUAAAGAGUAAGCUGUUUGUCACAGCCAGGGACUGUAUCCAGAGCCAGCUAGCGCUGGCUGCACGGCAGUAUGAGGUGGCCCAGGCUGCAAUCACGCAGGAGGAGCUCCGGGCCCACGUCCAGAAUCUUACAGAGGAGGUAGCCCAGCUUCAGGAAGCCCAGCACAACCAGCUGAACACCCUAAAGGACCGGGCCAGACAACCAUCCCGUCCCCGGGCUAUGAGCGAUGUCACUCACUGCCGACGAGCAUCCCUGGACCUGCAGAAGCGCCUCAGUGGCAGCAUGAGGAAUCUAGAAGGCUGGUAUGAGCCACGCCUGCUAGCCCUCCUCCGGAGGAGGCAGGCUGGGAAAGAGACCCUGAGAAGGAGCAGGGAUGUGGGCCGAGACCUUAAGGCCAGACUGGGGCCCCUGAAGGAGCAGACCCAGAGGCUGGAGCUGCAGAGAGCUUGUCUAGAGGAGAGGAUUGCUCUGAUGGAGAGGGAGAGGGUGGAGAGAGUGGCACAGUAUAAGGAGACUGUGGACUCGCUUGAGGAGACCAUGAGGAAGCUGAAGUUGGAGCUUUGCAUUCAGAAAAAGGCAAACAGACAAUUGGAAGAAUUGAAGAAGGGACUUUUGAGUGAGCUGAACUAUGACAGGGGCUGUAUUGAAGUGAGCGAAACAACUGCUGAAAGGGAGUCCUAACUUUUCCAUACUUAUCAAUGGAAGUAGAACAAUUGACAAAAUAUCCAGGACCCCUCAGACCAAACAUGUUUUACUGUGUUUGCGAGUAUCCUUGAUGGUG